AUGGUCACACUCCACGAGGCGCUUCAAUGCCUCAAACCGACAUCCUGGGAUGACGUACCCCAGUCCCCGGACGAACUACGAGACUACAUGUGCGACCUCUUCAAACACAGCCGACUCAUCGCAGAUUCGCUCCCAGACCCUCCAAUCUCCGAAGCUCAAGACUAUCCCUAUUUAGAUUACGAAGCGGCAGGUCCCUCCGCCCACCGGAUUUUCCCCUCACCUUCUCGCCUCGGCGAAACCGACCCUGAAAUCGCCGAACUACAAAAGCAAUGGGGGAAGCCAGUCAAGGUAGGCGGACCAAAGGACAACCCGCUCGACGUGACGUUGUGGAAAUUAUCCGCGAAUGACGGCGGCGGUUCAUGGUUCGGCCGGCGGAGUAUACACGCCGGGCUACCCUUCUCGCGCUGGCGUGAGAAGAUGUCUGGCGAGUAUGACGAGACGCUCAAGGCCAACCAAAAGAAGAUCGAGAAGGGCCAGACCCCCGAUAACUGUAUCCGUGGCAUCGGUGCCGAGCAGAAGGUUGAGACUAUCGAAGUCAAGGACAAGGAUGGGUCAGACCUGGGCCAUCUGAUGGUUUAUCAUGUCUCAGCGCAGUUCCCCAAACCUACUGCGCCGCGCGACUUCGUGGCUAUGAUAAUCAAUUCUGAUUCUGGGUUGCGAGUGGGUGGGAGUCAUCAACCUGGUCGCAGUUGGAUGAUGAUCUCCAAACCUUGUGACCACCCUAGUGUCCCGCCUAAGCAUGGCUAUACCCGUGGAAAUUAUGAGUCUAUCGAACUUAUUCGGGAAAUUCCGAACAGGAACGGCAGUGAGAGUAGCUCUUCUAGCCAAAAGAGUCAGAAGAACAGUGGUUCUUCAUCUCUUGAUUCGCAACAGCAUAAGCAGGAUGGAGUCUCUGGGGACCAUGGAAAUGAGGAAAUGAGUCCUGUUGAGUGGAUCAUGGUCACUAGAAGUGACCCUGGUGGCAGCAUUCCGCGAUGGAUGGUGGACAAGGGAACACCGAGGAGUGUGGGAAUUGACGCCGCCAAGUUUAUCAACUGGGCUAUCCGAGAAGAUAAGCCACAGGAUGAUGAAAAGAGCUCGGGCUCGGACUCUACAGCUGCCUUGGCUGGCGCAGCGGGUAAAUCCCGAGAGUCAGUCAACGAAGCCGGGUCUGAUGAAGACCACUCGCACUCAGACUCGGAAUCCGAAUCCGAAUACGAUUCUCUCAGCGACGGCGAGCACUCGCAUCAUGGUCUUAUUGCCAGUGUCACCGGUUUGCUCAACACCGGCUAUCAACGAAUCGCACCUCAACUUCAAGGCUACAUACCUUAUCAUGAGGCAGCGAGUCACACUGACGGGACCCAAGCUUCCCAGGGCGAAGCAGACACUGCAGCGCUUUCAAAAUCGAAAAGUGCCACGCAGAAUAAAUCCAGCAAAUCCCUCGACGUUGAGUCCACGCAAGAUCAGGUCUCAUUCUCCUCCGCCCACUCUGAAUCAGCGACACCCGCCAUCGAUGAGAUCACACACAACAACAUGCCGCCAGACGAGCUGAUGAAAAUGACCAAGAAGGGGAAACUUACCUCCCACGAAAAAGAUCUCGCAAAGCAAGCCCUCCGCAAACGCGAAAUCGAAGCAAAACUAGAGACAAUCCGCGCCGAACUCGAGAAACUCCAUCUCCCAUCCCAACCACCCGCCGCAUCAGGAACAUCACUUAAAGGCAUAACUGAAGCAGACAGCGAUACAAGCGCAUUGCGCAAACGCGCCGCAACAAACCGGUCUUCGACGCCUGCCAGCUCAACCAAACAACAGAGCCACAAACACAAGCAUAGCCAGAGUUCAACAACUCAAGCAAAGGAAAGCAGUGAUGGUCAGUCAUCACAGACACAAACCCCCGAACCACCAGCACAUAACCACAAAGCCGCCUCGUCUCUCUUCAAUGAGGAAUCGAAACUGCUGAAACAGUUGAGCAAGAUCGAGGCUAGUCAAUUGAAGACUGCGGGAAAGAUUGAAGCGAGACAGAAGAAGGAUGUGGAGCGCUCCGAGAAAUCAAAGUCUAAAUCUGAAGUUGAGACGCUGAAGCAAGAGAUUUCGGAGCUUAAGAAAGAAGGGAAGACUAGGUCUAAGUCCGAGGUUGAGGGGCUUAAGCAGGAGAUUUCCGAUCUUAAGAAAGAGGUUCGGACGCUCCGGAAUGAGCGUCAGAAAUGGGUUGAUCUUGUUUCUUUGUUGCAGGCUGAGAAUACUAAAUUGGUUGCGAAGGAGGAGAAGGAGUAA